AUGGGUCACGAGAUUGAUCUGGAAAUGCAGCAAGGUCUCACCAAGCUGAUCCCGACGAUUCUCGACGAGCUGGCGUCCAAUGACCCGGAAAGACUCUAUGGCGAGCUGCCAAUCUCUCCCACUGGAUAUGAAUGGCGAAAAUCCGAGACGGUCGCUUUUAUUGGACCUAAUGACAUGAGCCAUAUUGUCCUGACUAUCGCAGCUAUCAAGACCGGCUAUACUUGUUUGCUCGUAGCACCCAACUACGGAACUAUUGGUCAAGCUAAGCUGAUACAAGCAACGAGCUGUAAACAUCUCUUGGUCUCACCUUUAGCAGAUAUUGAGAAGCGAGAUGCGAUUGUCGCUGAAUAUGGAAGCUUGACAUCAUGGACACUUCCGCGUAUUGCUGAUUUCUUCGAUGUUCUUCACGAAUCCCCUUAUACCAAGAAUUAUGAAGAAGUUAAGCACGAGCCCUUGGUUUUAUUCCAUACCUCUGGCACCUCGGGGUGUCCAAAGCCGAUUGUUUCUAGUUUGAUCUGUGCAUUUUAUACUGGCAGUGUCAUUGUCUUCCCACCAGCAUUGAUGCCCAUAAGCCUGAAAGCAGCAGUCCAUGUCACGGAAUACCGCCCGGUUGACUGUAUCUCAUUCAUACCAGCCAACAUAGAAGAGCUCGCGACCAAUAUGGAGCUUCAAGAUGCCCUUGCGGGGAGGAAUGUCCACACACUCUACUGGGGAGGUGCUCCAUUGUCUCAACAUGCCGGUGACACGGUCAUAAAUCGUGGCUUCAACAUCCAAACAAGUGUCGGUAGCACCGAAACAGGAAUGUGGUAUCCAAUUCGCCGUACUGCAUAUUGGGGCUCUUACCCCUGGAAUGGCAUGUGCUUUCAUCCCGAUAAUGGUAUAGAGUUCCGGCCUGUGACGGAGGACCUAUAUGCUGCCAUCUGGGUGAAGAACAAGGAUCCUGAGAGAGUUCAGCCAGUAUUUGCUCUAUUCCCCACUGAAACGGAGUUCGACGCAGGCGAUCUCUUCCGCCAUGUUUCCGGAUCAGGCAAAGACAGUGUAUGGUCAUGGUAUGGCCGGCAAGAUGAUCUGCUGGUUUUUAGAUCGGGCGGCAAGUGGCAUCCAGCGGCUGCACAGCGACGGAUAAUGACAGAUCAUCGUGAUCUGUUUGAUCAGGUUCUCAUUUUUGUAUCUGAGUUUAAACACGUGGCUGUACUGGUGGAGCCAUCUGCUACCCUUCGUAACAAGAUUGAAAUAGCAAAGCAGAAUGGUGGCGAGGAAGCUGUUCAAAAAGUGCGUGACUUAGUGCUUGAUAGAAUUUGGCCGACCAUGGAGGAUUUGGAUCGAAAUGCCCCUUUGAUAAUUUCAUUUGACCGAAGCCGGAUUAUUUUCACUGAGUGUCCAAUGCCUCGCACAGCGAAGGGAACGGUGCAGCGCAAGGCGGCUUUGCAGGAAUAUGAAAGCCGGAUAUAG